AUGCUAUCUAUCAAAUCCCUUCUGAAUCCUCAGCCUGAAAGGCGAUCUCCUUAUCCAUUCCCUUUCUCACGUGAAAAGCGGCAGAAGAUGGCCAAGGACGCUCCAAUCUUCCGUCGUGGCAAGAUCCAAGGCGAGUGCCGCUAUCCUCCUUGCGAGGAAAGAGAUGCAGAGUUAGAGAAGGCUCACAGAGAGCUCUCCUUACGUCCCAUGGGCAAUAUUGCCGACUAUCCUCGUCAUAUCCCCUAUGCCAGCGACAAGAAAACCUUCCAAGAAAAGACCGGCCGAGAUAGUUUCCAUGUUUUUCAAUACACAUUCCAAAUACCCGGCGAAGAAAAGGAAUGGCAUGUUAUGUGGGACUACAAUAUUGGCAUUGUUCGGAUUACACACUUGUUCAAAUGCAACGGCUACUCCAAGGCAAACCACUCCAGCCAAGAUGCUAAACCAGAACCCCGGUCUCCGCGAUAUCUGCCACAGCAUCACUGGCGGGGCACUUUCCGCUCAAGGUAUGAUCUUUAUACCCUCAUAUCCUGCCCACUGCCUCCUUGGAUAGAGAGAGCUAAUACUCAUUUUGCUUUGCACAUAGGAUACUGGAUGCCCUACGAAGCCGCCAGAGCUAUGGCAACGACCUUCUGCUGGAAAAUCCGAUAUGCCCUGACUCCCCUGUUUGGCACCGAAUUCCCAGCCAUGUGUAUCCCUCCAACAGACCGCAAAAGCCACGGCCGCAUGGUCAUCCCUCCAGAGAUUGUGCAGCGUGCCACCAAUACCUCCAACUACUAUCGCACUUUGGAGACGAAGUCUAGCACCAACGCCAGUCCUCCCGUAGUCAAUGUGCCUUCCUCAACACAUACUCUUCUCCACGAUAUGGGAUUAUUGAGCCGACACGAGUCAUCCUUGACACUCCCGCCGCUCAAGAUCCCGCGUACCAAAUAUGCAGAUAGUAGUCCCAGUGCCAGGGACUCUUCUAUGGAACCUUACUGCAUGUCUCCCAAGAGCCAGUCGCCGAUGUCUACCUUCACACCCAUCAACCCCCCUCGCAGCUCCAAUAUACCUCGCUCGCGGAUGGAAUCACCUCGCACUAUCCUCCGUGCUAUCUCCGAUGCUAUGCGCCCGGAGAAUGUCCCUGGGGGAAUCAGCGAAGACAGUGACACGGAAAGCGAUGGCUCAUCAAACAUGUACUCGACUCCAAAUUGUCCUUCUGUGGAUGAACAUAUGGAAACCGACAAGCGCGGUGUGCUCGAAGAGCCCAGCAACGUCGUAUCAGACGUGCAUACCAUGCAAAGUGACUAUGAUGACCUAACUGACUCGGAUGAGGAUUGGCAAAUGGAUGAUGCUAAUGAUGAAGACUACCGUGGGCCCCCUCUCAAGAGAACCCUCGGUGGAGCUUCGAUUAGCAAGGACGGUUCUAUAACUCCCGGAUCCCAGACUAAGAAGUACCCCAGCCGGAAAUCUCGCGCUGCGCAUCCUCAGUCGUCGCCUCAUUUCGCCCGUGAAGUCAAGGCUGCUGAAGCCCUUCUUCGUCUGCACAUGAAUGAGCUUGAAAGCAUCGGGACUGAGACUGAGAUGGAUGAUGAUGAGUUGAUCUCACCCUCCAGCUCUCGCUCUCUUCGUGGUGACGAUUCUCGUGGUCGUAAGCGACGUCGAGCUUCACUUUGA